UGGCGGCUCAGAGUGGGGUGCUGGCCUGCAGCGGGAGCUGUCCGUGAGUCCUAGUGCUGAAGUAGGCGCAGAUGUGCCUGGUGCCUGGGGAGUGGUACCCGGUGCCCAGUACCCGGGCCAGCGAAGGCCAUGGCGUUCAUGGUAAAGACCAUGGUGGGCAGCCAGCUGAAGAACCUCACCGGGAGCCUGAGUGGCGGCGAAGACAAGGGGGACGGGGACAAGUCCGCCGCCCAAGCACAGGGCAUGAGCCAAGAGGAGUAUGAGGAGUAUCAGAAGCAACUGGUGGAAGAGAAGAUGGAACGUGACACACAGUUCACACAGAGGAAGGCAGAGCGGGCCAUGCUACGGAGCCACUUCCGAGACAAAUACCGGCUGCCCAAGAAUGAGACAGAUGAGAGCCAGAUCCAGAUGGCAGGUGGAGACUUGGAGCUGCCCCGGGAGCUGGCCAAGAUGAUUGAGGAGGACACGGAGGAGGAGGAAGAGAGGGCCUCAGUCCUCGGGCAGCUGGCCAGCCUUCCUGGCUUAGACCUUGGCUCCCUCAAGGACAAAGCUCAAGCCACACUGGGGAACCUCAAGCAAUCAGCUGAGAAGUGCCACAUCAUGUGACUACUUCCCCUGGGGUUGCUCACUGGGGUGAUCAGAGGGCUGGGCCCACAUGAGUGCUAAGAGCAUGCCUCAACUUCCGUAGACUGAUACCCCACCUUGUCUUCAUUUCCCCUGCACCAGGCUAGUCCCAGUACCCUUGUCUGCUCCAGCCUGCCUUCUCUCCUUCUCCUCUGGGAGCAAAGUCCCCAUUUUCCCCCUACCCUUCAGGACUCACCCUCCCUACUCAGCCUGGGAAGCCUCCCAAGAUUAUAGGAAUAGGCCCAACUGACCUUCUCUCUCCGUGACCCCAAAUUCCUGCACCUAGGUGAACCCUUGGAGACACACAGAGGGACACAGAGACCUUGGCAUGUGCAGAAGCAGACACCACAGCUGCAUCCUGCCACACACAGACACACAUACACAAGCCAACCCGCUGGUGCCUCGGGCACCAACACUCAGAUAUGCUUAGAGAGGGCUUUCGGCAGACAAACUCAACAGACAACAGUUGAGUUUGAGUCUCGACAUUCAUUUUCCUUGAAAUCCGUUGUUCUUUCUGGGCCUCGUUUCAUCAUCUAUAAAAUGAGGAUGAACUCGGUGAUUUUUAAGGUUCUUUCUAGCUUGGCCUCCCUGGCCCCUUGAAGUCAACCCACACCUCUCCUUGGGCAGGGCAGCAGCUGCAGUUAUAGCAUCAAGCAGUUGCCACUGUGGGCUCUGGCUUUUGGCAGCUGAGUGAUGCCAUGGGAGGGACUAAGUGCCAAGGAUGAAGCUGGCACCGAACAGUAGCCCAGGCAGUUCCAGGCCUUCUCUGAGCCACGCCCAGGGCCUGGCCUAUUUCUGUUUUCUUCCUGUAGGACUCUCUCUCUCUGGAUUCCAUAGUUGGAUCUCCUCACUCAGCUCAGUG